AAAACUCAUAAAAAGUUAAAAUCUGGAGAAAAAAACUUAAAUCCCCAGAAAAUGCCACAGCCAAUAUUCAAAAAGUUCUGUUGCUGCUGCGACUUAUCAACUGGAAACACAAUUUAUGCCUACUUUCAAUUCUUUGUGUCUUUAAUUUCAAUUGGAAUCGGAAUUAUGAAGUUCAUGACAACGAAAGCUGAGCAGAAAAGCGAUGGAUACUUUUUUGAUGUUCCUGAUGAGUUGAAGCCAUUGUUUGCUAGUGGACCAUUAUUCAACUUGUCGAGAAUCUUAAUUGGAUUCAUAUCUGCAGCUAUAUUCCUAAUAUUCAUUGAAGGAAUCAAGAAGGAAGAAGCAUCAAAAAUGGUCGCAUAUCUGUUCUUCAAGACAAUCAAUCUGUUCUUCUACUUUAUCUACAUGCUGCACUUAGCUUCGUUAUCUUAUAUGAUGCUCAUAGCCACCACAAUCCUGUUAAUUGAAGUUUAUCUCUUCUUUUGUGCUUACUCGAUAUAUUUGCAGUUUGUGAAGCCAGAUGAUGGAAGUGACAGUGAAGUGGACUUUUAA